AUGGAAACAGCCAAUAAAGUCCAGUUCACUUUACCCUUAGCCAAUCAGAAGCUUCAGCCCGCCUCCUCACGGACAGGACACUUUUACCCAAUUUAUGGAACAACAAGCUCUCGAUCAGAUGAUGGAAGUUCACCUCGAAUUCCCCUGCAACGAGCUUUUGUUUACUUUGGACAGUCACAUAAUCAGAUCUAUGUGAACCACAAUGGUCACCUGACCUUUAAUGCUGCAUGGAGGCGUUACACACCUCAACGGAUUCCACUACGUGGAUCCAGAGAUUUUAUCGCUCCAUUCUGGACAGAUUUGGAUAACAGAGGAAAUGGUCAGAUCUACUACAACCAAUAUACCAGCGGCAGUGUCCUCCAACAAGCUACACGGGACAUUAAUACCUUCUUCCCAUUACUGCGCUUUAAUGCCAACUGGGUCUUUGUUGCUACAUGGUAUGAGGUGGCCUACUUUCCAACAACUGGCACACGAACAACGGUGCAAGCAGUCUUGAUCUCUGGUGGCAGUUACUCAUUUGUGUUGAUGAACUAUGGUCGAAUAGCAGCAACAAGCCGCAGUGUACAGGCUGGAUAUGACACGGCCCAUUCUCCUCACCAUCUCUCCAUCCCAGGAUCAUUCAGUGGAAAUGCAACAGGCCCUAGCUCAGCUUUCAGUCUGGGCAGCAACGUCAACGUACCCGGUUGCUGGGCUUUCCGGACAGACCAUGGAACAAGAGGCUGCAGUUUUAAUGGGAAUCCUGUGCAGGUUGGAGACUCAUUCUGGAGUGACGGAACCUGCACAGAGAAGUGCACCUGCACCAGAGCAGGCCUGCAGUGUGUCAGGCAACCCUGCUCCUUUUCCCAAAUCUGUCGUCGUGCUUCAUUUCAGUUCUCCUGCCAGACGGUGCAGAGAAGCACCUGCACCGUUAGUGGUGAUCCACAUUACCGCACCUUCGAUGGCAAAGUGUUUCACUUUCAAGGUACCUGCACUUACGUUCUCUCAGAACAAUGUGGUCGUGGGCUGCCGUACUAUCGAGUAGAGGGCAAGAACGAGAACCGUGGCAGUACACGAGUCUCUUGGACACGACUUGUGAAAGUGUUCGUGAACAAUGACAUUAUCGAGCUCGUCAAAGGACAUCGUGGUGAGGCUAAGGUCAAUGGAAGUUAUGCUGCUAUUCCAUUCUCCCUGAGCAAUGGUUCAGUCCAGGUUUACCAGUCCGGUUUUUCUCUGGUCAUCAGUACUAACUUUGGCUUGGUGGUUUCUUACGACGCAUAUCAUUAUGUCAGGAUCAGCGUACCCCACACUUACCAAAAUGCAACCUGUGGCUUAUGUGGGAGCCUCAAUAACAACCCCAGGGAUGACUUUAAAACACGCCAAGGGGCCAUUGUGAGCUCUGAUGUGGCAUUCGCAGAGAGUUGGAAAGCACAAGGAGAUGAUGAGCCGGGAUGUGGGAUCAUCUGCAGAGGUCUGGCCUGUGCUGACUGUACUGCACAGCAGACAGCGUUAUACAGCACUUCAGACCAUUGUGGUUUCCUCCAGACACGCUCUGGACCUUUUGCCGCCUGCCAUCAACGACUUCCCCCACAGACCUUUGUGGAAAAUUGUGUGUAUGAUCUCUGUGUAGGAGGAGGGUACCAGCCCAUUCUGUGUCAAGCACUACAUGUUUAUGCAAGUCAAUGUCAGCAGAGUGGGAUCCAGCUGCCAAGCUGGAGGAGAGAAGGAUUCUGUGAAAUCCCCUGCCCAGCCAACAGCCACUUUGAGUCCCAGGGCACAGGGUGUCCAGCUACCUGUGUCAAUUCCAAUUCCACCCACAACUGCCCUCUCCCUGCCCAGGAGAGCUGCAUCUGCAAUUCAGGCUACAUCCUCAGUGCUGGGGUCUGUGUCCCUCAUGCUCAGUGUGGCUGCAGCUUUGAGGGUCGUUACUACAGCUCUGGACAAACAGUGAUACUUGACAAUAACUGUGGAAGACGUUGCAGCUGCAGUGUUGGCCGCAUGACUUGUCGUUCACAUAGUUGUAGUCCCCUUGAGUCCUGCAGGGUGGAGGAUGGAGAAAGAGGGUGUAGACCUAACAGCUAUGCAACAUGCUUGACAAGGGGACCAGGGUCAUAUCAAACAUUUGAUGGACUGAUGUACCAGUAUCCUGGGGCGUGUCGACUGACUCUUGCCAAAGUGAUGGGAUUGUCUGCUCACACCCACUUUGUGGUGACAGCAGAAAAAGUACCCAGAGGCAACCGCGGAUUUGCCAGGUUGCUUAAGUUUGAGGCAGAGGGAACACAAGUCUCCAUUGAGAUGGCAAACAGCAGCACGGUGCAGGUGGACGGUCAGCAGAUCAGACUACCUUUCAGCUCAGCAUCCAACCGAAUCCAAAUCUACCACAGCAGCAUUCACAGUAUCAUCAUUCGCACGUCCUUUGGUGUGACCGUGCAGACAGUCUGGCCUCACUUUGUGCGCGUCACUGCACCUGGUGUCUACAAUGGUUCCCUGGGUGGACUCUGUGGUAACUACAAUGGUCACUCACAUGAUGACUUCCGCACACCCAAUGGCAUUCUGGUCAACAGCUCUCAGGUCUUUGGAGACAGCUGGCGAGACGGCUCCCUCGCUGCACACUGUGUAGAAAGUGUAAAUCGUAAUUCUCCAACUAAUUACAACUCCAGUGAGAACUGUGGCAUCAUUGGCUCAAGAGAUGGUCCAUUUACCCAGUGUUGGGCCAUGGUCGACCCAAGACCACAUGUGGAAGUGUGCAUGGAGAUCCUGGGAGCCUCUAGUGAUCCAGCAUCCACACUUUGUGAGGUCCUUCGGGAUUAUGCACUGAUUUGUCAGCAGAAUGGCGUCGCCUUGCCACACUGGAGGAAUGCAACUAGCUGUGAUCAAACCUGCCCUCGAAACAGCCGCUAUGAACUUUGUGAAACCACUUGUCCUUCCACUUGCCCCAGUCUCUCUUUCCCAUUCACAUGUGACACUGUGUGCCAGGAGGGUUGCCAGUGUGAUGAUGGUUUUGUCCUCAAUGGCAACCAGUGUGUGCCACCAACAUCCUGUGGAUGCCAUCACAAUGGACGCUAUCGGCAAGGUGGAGAACAGUUCUGGGACAGUGAAGAAUGUCAGAGCUCGUGUUCCUGUAAUGGCACAACUGGGUUAGUGCACUGUCGUCGCAGCUCCUGUGGCCCACAGGAGUCCUGCCGUGUGGUGGGGGGCAACUUUGGCUGCCAUCCCAACCCUCAUGGCACCUGCUCUGCCUCUGGAGACCCCCAUUACCUCACAUUUGAUCGCAAGGCCUUUGACUUCCAGGGAACCUGCAGAUAUGUUCUUGCAACCCUCUGUAAUGACACUGAUGGACUUCACAAUUUUUCAGUGGAGGCUAAGAAUGAGGCGUGGAAUGGGAGGAGAGUUUCAAUCACAGCUGAGGUUUUUGUGAAUGUAUUGGGUUACCGACUGCGUGUGUCCAGGGUCAACAGAGGUCUAGUAGAGGUUAACGGAAUACUUAGCAAUCUGCCAAUUCUGUUGAGUGGAAAUGUGUCGGUCUUUGCAAGUGGCUUACGCACAUUUAUCAAUACUGAUUUCGGCCUCAGCGUCUCAUACGAUGGAUGGAGCACAGUGUACAUCUCGGUGCCAUCACAUUACAGAGGAAAAACAUGUGGACUUUGUGGAAACUUCAAUGGAAAUCAAAGUGAUGACUUCCGCACCCCAUCUGGAGCAAUAGUCCCCACUUCAGGGGAGUUUGGAACAUCUUGGAAGGUGGCAGGAAACUACACUACAGCCUGUGAUGGCUGUGGUUCCUCCUGCCCUCGGUGUACCGAUCCGCGCCCUGCUCAAGCUCAGUGUGAAGUGAUUCAAGCAGCUGACGGCCCCUUCAGCUUCUGCCACGAGGAUGUGAACCCGGCAACAUAUUUCACCGACUGUGUGUUUGACGUUUGUGUGUCGAGAAAUGCGGGUGAAGAUCUUGUGUGCAGGGCCAUUCAAGCUUAUGUCAGUGCCUGUCAGUCUGCUAAUGUUCGAAUCUACCCUUGGAGACAGAACACCACCUGCAGACUGAGCUGUCCAGUUAACAGCCAUUAUGAGCUGUGUGGUACCGACUGUGGCCACACCUGUGCCAGCAGCGUUGAUGCCACCUGUGAUCAGGUUUGCUCUGAGGGAUGUUUCUGUGAUGAGGGGUUCGUCAGGAGUGGGACGAGGUGCGUCCCUGUGGAAAACUGUGGCUGCCUAUACGACGGCUUCUACUAUGAUGCGGGUGAGUCCUUUUUGACAGACGGCUGCUCUCGACAAUGUAAAUGUCAUGCUCCAAACGACCUGCGCUGCUCUGCUGCAUCUUGCACACCUGCUCAACAGUGCACCAUCAGAAAUGGAAAGCUUGGCUGUUUCAGUGAAAUGGCCAUUUGCACCGUGUGGGGGGAUCCACAUUACUACACCUUUGAUGGGGCACUGGCUCAUUUCCAGGGCACUUGCUCUUACACCAUCACUGAGAGUGUUGGCAACAGUACCAGGGGAACCCAAUUUCUAGUGGCUGCCACCAAUAAUCACCGUGGAAACAACCGCGUGUCGUAUGUGUCAGAAGUGGAUAUAUUCCUCUCAAACCAAACAGAGAGAGUGAAUCUGAGGAUUGGACCAAAUAAGAGAGUAACGGUAAAUGGAAGUGUGGUUUCUCUUCCAACCACCGGAGGAGCUUUAGCUCACAUUGAGAGGCAGGGGAGCUACAUAGUGGUCGUUGCCAAUGACCUGAUGGUCCAGUUUGACGGCACCAGUACCUUACUGGUCAGAAUCGGCCAAAAUCAUCAAAACAAAGUCACUGGGAUGUGUGGAAAUUUCAACAAUGAUCCUGCAGAUGACAAAUUCUUGCCCAAUGGCACACUGGCACAAAAUGACAAUGAAUUUGGACACAGCUGGAAGGCACCUACAAGCCAAUCAGGAUGUGGAUCAACUGAUGAAAGGAACGAUGAUGGAUUGAACAACUGCAUCUAUAAGGAAGAAUACACUGAGCUGUGCAGCAUCAUCACCAACACCAGCGGCCCAUUCAGCGACUGCCACUCACACUCUGACCCUCAGCCAUUCUUCACUUCCUGUGUCUAUGAUCUCUGCCACUACACUCCAGCCAAUGGCAUGCUGUGCUCUGCCAUCUCAGCCUAUGAGAGAACCUGCACCGUUUUGGGGUUGAACAUCUCUGAGUGGCGCCCGGCUUUGCAUUGUGCCACCUCCGACCCGUGUGAAGAGCUGAACUGCACAGAGAAUGAGUGGUGUGGUCAGAAGGACGGGGUUCACGGCUGCUUCUGUGAUGAACACCACCAUCGGCCCAAUAACGAGAGCUACGACUCGUCCAUCUCUUGCGCCAGUAGUUCGGGCACCAUGUCCGUGUCCCGCUGUCAGCUCUUUGAAGCAGGCUUCCACUCCGACGCCCUUCAUCUCAAAGAGGACUCCUGUAAAGGUGAUCUUCAGAAUGGACGACUGGUGUUCGACUUCGACAACAACGAGCGUCACUGCGGCACGGUCCUCAAGAGCAAUGGAACCCAUUUCAUCUAUGAGAAUACCAUCCAGGGCAAUGUGGACCCUCACAAUGGACUAAUCAGCCGCCAGAGGAACAUCAAUCUGCUCUUCUGCUGUGUCUACCCUCUGACUCAGGCCGUGUCUAUGGAUGUGGGCAUUAAUCCUGUAGAGAGCCUUGUGAGGAAGAAGCUUCCAGCUGGUCAAGGGGAGUAUCACAUGAGGAUGAUCCCCUACCAGGAUGCUGGCUUCCGCCACCCCUUCACCGGCAACAUGAAUUUUGAAAUGGAAGUAGACCAGAGAUUGUAUGUGGAGGUGCGCACAGAUGGAGUCGAUCAGCAGCAGAUCUCCACUGUUUUGGACUCUUGUUGGGCCACGCCAGUCAACCUGGAGACCUACCCUGUUCGCUGGGAUCUCAUCAGUUCAGAGUGCCCUAAUGAAGAGGAUGGGACAGUAGAUCUGAUUGCGAAUGGCAAAUCCACUGUGGCUCGUUUCUCCUUCAGGAUGUUCACAUUUUCCAACUUUUCUGCCAUUUACCUGCACUGCCGGGUUCACCUGUGUCUUCUGAGAAACAACAACUGCUCAGCUCACUGCUACCCGGGCCACCACAGGCGAGUUGAGAGGGACGUAAACUUCCAUGACACUUCAUACAUGUCAGUUGGACCCCUAAGCCUGAAUAGAGAAUCACGGGGACCCCUUUACCCAAUAUCUGGAACUGCAAGUCCUGCAUCAGAUGAUGGAAGUUCUCCACGGAUUACUCUGCAGAGAUCUUUUGUCUAUUUUGGACAUACAUAUAAUUACAUUUAUGUCAACCAGAAUGGACAUCUGACUUUUAAUGCUCCAUUGAGUAGUUACACGCCUCAAAGGUUUCCAAUGCAUGGUUCCUUCGACAUCAUCGCUCCAUUCUGGACCGAUUUGGACAACAGGAGAAAUGGUCACAUCUACUACAACCAGUACACCAGUGGCAGUGUCCUCCAACAAGCUACACAGGACAUUAAUACCUACUUCCCAAGCAUUAACUUCAAUGCCAACUUUGUCUUUGUUGCAACUUGGUAUGGGGUGGCCUACUAUCCCACAUCAGGAACAAGCACCACUUUCCAAGCCGUGUUGAUCUCUGGAGGCCAGUACUCGUUUGUCAUACUGAACUAUGGGAUAAUAGCCUCAACCUCCAAAUCUGUGCAGGCUGGCUAUGAUACAAUUCGCUCUGCUCACCAUUCCACCAUACCCGGGUCAUUCACUGGCUCCGCCACAGGCAGUAGCUCAUCUUUCCGCCUGGGAAGCAAUGUGAAUGUACCCGGUCGCUGGGCCUUCCGGACGGACCAUGGAUCUAGAGGCUGCGCUUUUAACGGUGAACCUGUGCAGAUUGGAGACUCAUUCUGGAGUGACAGAACCUGCGCACAGAAGUGCACCUGCACCUCAGCAGGCCUGCAGUGUGUCAGUCAAUCCUGCUCCUUCUCCCAAAUCUGCCGCCCAAGUGCAUUUCAGUUCUCCUGCCAGACGGUGCAGAAAGGCACCUGCACCGUGAGCGGUGAUCCACAUUAUUAUACCUUUGAUGGCAAAGUGUUUCACUUUCAAGGUGCCUGCACUUAUGUUCUGUCGGAACAAUGUGGUCAUGAGCUGCCGUACUAUCGAGUAGAGGCCAAGAACGAGCAUCGGGAUAGUACACGAGUCUCUUGGACUGGACUGGUUAAAGUGUUUGUGUACGAUGACACUAUUGAACUUCUCAAGGGACAUCCUGGUAAAGCCAAGAUAAAUGGAAAUUUUGUGGCCACUCCGCUUUACCUCAGUAACGGAUCUGUCCAGGUUUACCAGUCAGGUUUUUCUGCGGUCAUCAGUACAGACUUUGGCUUGGAGGUUUCUUAUGACAAAAGUUUGUUUGUCAGAAUCCGGUUGCCCUACACUUAUCAGAAUGCAACUUGUGGCCUAUGUGGAAACUUCAACAAUGACACCAGGGAUGACUUUAAAACUCGCCAAGGUGAAAUCGUGAGCUCUGAUGUGGUAUUUGCCAACAGUUGGCAGGCAUUAGACGACGAUGAGCCUGGAUGCGAGGCACAAUGUGAAGGCCUGGACUGUGCUGCCUGCACUGAACAGCAGACAGCUUUAUACAGCAAUGCAGACCAUUGCGGUAUCCUCCAGAGCAGUUCUGGACCUUUUGCCGCCUGCCAUCAACAAUUUCCCCCACAGAUUUAUGUGGAGAGUUGUGUGUUUGAUCUAUGUGUAGGAGAAGGGUACCAGCCCAUUCUGUGUCAAGCCCUAAAUGUUUACGCAAGUCAGUGUCAGCAGAGUGGGAUCCAGCUGCCAAGCUGGAGGAGAGAAGGAUUCUGUGAAAUCCCCUGCCCAUCCAACAGCCACUUUGAGUCCCAGGGCACAGGGUGUCCAGCUACCUGUGUCAAUCCCAAUUCCACCCAAAACUGCCCUCUCCCUGUCCAGGAGAGCUGCAUCUGCAAUUCAGGCUACAUCCUCAGUGCUGGGGUCUGUGUCCCACAUGCUCAGUGUGGCUGCAGCUUUGAGGGUCGUUACUACAGCUCUGGGGAAACUGUGAUGCUUGAUGAGGACUGUGGAAGAAGUUGUAGCUGCAGUUUUGGCCGCAUGACUUGUCGUUCACAUAGUUGCAGUCCCCUUGAGUCCUGCAGGGUGGAGGAUGGAGAAAGAGGGUGUAGACCUAACAGCUAUGCAACAUGCUUGACAAGGGGACCAGGGUCAUAUCAAACAUUUGAUGGACUGAUGUACCAGUAUCCUGGGGCGUGUCGACUGACACUGGCCAAAGUGAUGGGAUUGUCUGCUCACACCCACUUUGUGAUGACAGCAGAAAAAGUACCCAGAGGCCAACACGGUUUUGCAAGGUUGCUAAAGUUUGAGGCAGAGGGAACACAAGUCUCCAUUGAGAUGGCAAACAGCAGCACGGUGCAGGUGGACGGUCAGCGGAUCAGACUACCUUUCAGCUCAGCAUCCAACCGAAUCCAAAUCUACCACAGCAGCAUUCACAGUAUCAUCAUUCGCACGUCCUUUGGUGUGACCGUGCAGACAGUCUGGCCUCACUUUGUGCGCGUCACUGCACCUGGUGUCUACAAUGGUUCCCUGGGUGGACUCUGUGGUAACUACAAUGGUCACUCACAUGACGACUUUCGCACACCCAAUGGCAUUCUGGUCAACAGCUCUCAGGUCUUUGGAGACAGCUGGCGAGACGGCUCCCUCGCUGCACACUGUGUAGAAAGUGUAAAUAAUAAUUCUACACCAAACUACAACUCCAGUGAGUACUGUGGCAUCAUUGGCUCAAGAGAGGGUCCGUUUACCCAGUGUUGGGCCAUGGUCGACCCUAGACCCCAUGUGGAAGUGUGCAUGGAGAUCCUGGGAGCCUCUAGUGAUCCAGCAUCCACACUUUGUGAGGUCCUUCGGGAUUAUGCACUGAUUUGUCAGCAGAAGGGCGUCGCCUUGCCACACUGGAGGAAUGCAACUAGCUGUGGACAAACCUGUCCUUUUAACAGUCAUUAUAAACCUUGUGGAACCACUUGUCCUUCCACUUGCCCCAGCCUCUCUUUCCCCUUCACCUGUAACACUGUGUGCCAGGAGGGUUGCCAGUGUGAUAAUGGUUUUGUCCUCAAUGGCAACCAGUGUGUGCCACCAACAUCCUGCGGAUGCCAUCACAAUGGACGCUAUCGGCAAGGUGGAGAACAGUUCUGGGACAGUGAAGAAUGUCAGAGCUUCUGUUCCUGUAAUGGCACAACUGGGUUAGUGCACUGUCGUCCCAGCUCCUGUGGUCCACAGGAGUCCUGCCGUGUGGUGGGGGGCAACUUUGGCUGCCAUCCCAACCCUCAUGGUACCUGCUCUGCCUCUGGAGACCCCCAUUACCUCACAUUUGAUCGCAAGGCCUUUGACUUCCAGGGAACCUGCCGAUAUGUUCUUGCAACCCUCUGUAAUGACACUGAUGGACUUCACCAUUUUUCAGUGGAGGCUAAAAAUGAGCCGUGGAAUGGGUUGUCAGUUUCAGUCACAGCUGAGGUUUUUGUGAAUGUGUGGGGCUACCGACUGCAUAUUGUAAGGGAGAGAAGGGGUGUGGUUCAAGUCAAUGGAAUAAACAGAAAUUUACCUAUUCUCUUAAAUGGAAGUCAGGUGUCUAUCUAUGCAAGUGGAUCUCGUGUAUUUGUCAGUGCUGAUUUUGGCCUGAGUGUCACUUACGAUGGAUCUAGUACAGUGUUCAUCUCUGUACCUGCCAGUUACAGAGGAAAAACAUGUGGACUUUGUGGAAACUUCAAUGGAAAUCAAAGUGAUGACUUCCGCACCCCAUCUGGAGCAAUAGUCCCCACUCCAGGUCAAUUUGGAACAUCUUGGAAGGUGGCAGGAAACUACACCUGCAGCGAUGGCUGUGGUUCCUCCUGCCCUCAGUGUGCCGAUGAGCGCCCUGCUCGAGCUCAGUGUGAAGUAAUUCAAGCAGCUGACGGCCCCUUCAGCUUCUGCCACGAGGAAGUGGACCCGGCGCCAUAUUUCAACGACUGUGUGUUUGACGUUUGUGUGUCGGGAAAUGCGGGUGAAGAUCUUCUGUGCAGGGCCAUUCAAGCUUAUGUCACUGCCUGUCAGUCUGCUAAUGUUCAAAUCUACCCUUGGAGAGAGAACACAACCUGCAGACUGGACUGUCCAGUCAACAGCCAUUAUGAGCUGUGUGGUACCGACUGUGGCCACACCUGUGCCAGCAGCGUUGAUGCCACCUGUGAGCAGGUUUGCUCUGAGGGAUGUUUCUGUGAUGAGGAGUUUGUCAGGAGUGGGACGAGGUGCGUCCCUGUGGAAAACUGUGGUUGCCAAUACGACGGCUUCUACUAUGAUGCUGGUGAGUCCUUCUGGACCGACAGCUGCUCUGAGCGAUGUGAAUGUCAUGCUCCAAACGACCUGCGCUGCUCUGCUGCAUCUUGCACGCCUGAACAAGAGUGCACCAUCAGAAAUGGCGAGCUGGGCUGUUUCGAUGCAAUGUCCACUUGCACCGUGUGGGGGGAUCCACAUUACAUCACCUUUGAUGGGGCACUGGCUCAUUUCCAGGGCACUUGCUCUUACACCAUCACUGAGAGUGUGAGCCACGGCACCAAUGAAACCCAGUUCCAGGUAGUAGCCACCAAUAAACACCGUGGCAACAACCGUGUGUCAUUUGUAUCAACAGUGGAUAUAUUCCUCUCAAAUCAACCAGAGAGAGUGUAUAUCAGGAUUGGACCCAACAAAAGAGUAAAGGUAAAUGGAGGUGAGGUUUCUCUUCCCACCACCGGAGGAGCUUUAGCUCACAUUGAGAGGCAGGGAAGCUACAUAGUGGUCAAUGCCAAUGACCUGAUGGUCCAGUUUGACGGCACCAGUACCUUACUGGUCAGAAUCGGCCAAAAUCAUCAAAACAGAGUCACUGGGAUGUGUGGAAAUUUCAACAGUGAUCCUGCAGAUGAUAAAGUCUUGCCCAAUGGCACACUGGCACAAAAUGACAAUGAGUUUGGACACAGCUGGAAGGCACCUAUAAGCCAAUCAGGAUGUGGAUCCACAGAUGAUGAAAAUGAUGAUGGAUUGAAUGACUGUGCUUUCAUGGAAGAAUACACAGAGCUGUGCGGCAUCAUCACCAACACCAGCGGCCCGUUCAGAGCCUGUCACCUGCACUCUGACCCCCAACCGUUCUUCACUUCCUGUGUCUAUGAUCUCUGCCUCUACACUCCAGCCAAUGGCAUACUGUGCUCUGCCAUCUCAGCCUAUGAGAGUACUUGUUCGGUGCUGGGGUUGAACAUCCCAGAGUGGCGCCCGGCUUUGCAAUGCGCUGAGUCCGACCCCUGUGAACAGCAGGACUGCGCCGAGCAUGAGUGGUGCGGUGAGAAGGACGGAGUUUACGGCUGCUUGUGUGACGAACACCACCAUCGGCCCAACAACGAGAGCUAUGACUCGUCCAUCACUUGCGUCAGCAGCUCAGCCAACAUGUCGCUGUCCCGCUGCCAGCUGUUUGAGGCUGGCUUCCAUCCUGGUUCCCUGCACCUGCGGGACGACUCCUGCAAUGGUUCUCUCCAGGACGGACGACUGGUGUUCCACUUUAAUAAUGACGAUCAGCUGUGUGGGACACUUCUCAGGAGCAACGGGACACAUUUCAUCUAUGAGAACACUGUUGAAGGCGAAGUCGACCCCCAUGAGGGCCUCAUUAGCCGUGAGAAGAGCAUUCAGCUGCACUUCUCCUGUGAAUAUCCUCUGGCCCAGGCCCUGUCCAUGGAUGUUGGCAUCAACCCUAUGGAGAGCAUUGUGAACAAGAGGCUUCCAUCUGGCCAAGGUCGCUAUCACCUGAAGAUGAUCCCCUAUGAGGACGCUGGCUUCCGCUUCCCGCUGACGAGAAGCCGAAAUCUAGAAAUGGAAAUCGAUCAGAGGUUGUACAUCGAGGUUCAGACGAUGGGAGUUGAUGAUCGGCAGAUCUCCACCAUUCUGGACUCGUGCUGGGCGACGCCUUUCAAUGAUGCCAGCUACCCUGUCCGCUGGAAUCUCAUUAGUGAAGAGUGUCCUAAUGAAGAGGAUGGGACAGUGGAGCUGGUUCAGAACGGCGUCUCUACCGUCGCCCGUUUCUCCUUCAGGAUGUUCACCUUCACCAACUUUACAUCUAUCUUCCUGCACUGCAAAGUCCAUCUCUGUCUCAUGAGACACAGCAACUGCACAGCUCACUGCUACCCUGGCUUUCACAACAGAGUAGCGAGGGAUGUCUCUCACCAUGACAGCGCAGCGAUCUCAAUAGGACCACUCUUCCAAAAACAAGAAUUCGGUUCUUCUCUUGCAGAUGGAAUGAGACAGAGCAGUGCUGCAGGACGACUGACCUCCGUGGUGACUCUGCUUGUCUGUUUGUUGACUUCUAAAGUUCUGACUUAG